AUGAGGCUCGGUCUACUGGUGCUAUCUGCUGCGCUUGCAAAUGCAGUACCCCAGGAGAUACCCUGGUCCCCACCUGGGCCAAACGAUGUCCGCAGUCCAUGCCCCGUGCUGAAUGCCCUCGCCAACCAUGACAUCCUCCAACACAAUGGAAAAGAUAUUACUCAGCAAGAUACAAUUCGCGCAAUGGACUAUCUACAUGUGGAUAAAGAGCUUUCCGAUACGCUCUUCGCAGCGGCAUUGAAGACGAACCUCAAACCUAAUGCGACUACCUAUUCUCUCGACGAUUUGGAUCAUCACAACAUCAUAGAGCACGAUGGUAGUCUGAGCCGCGGAGACUACUACUUCGGAGACAACCAUUCCUUCAACCAGACCCUUUUCGACCAAGUGAAGUCAUAUUGGACUGAAUCCAUCAUCGAUCUGCAUUUAGGAGCGAAAGCCCGUCUAGCCGGGGUAAACAGGUCCAAGGCUACCAACCCUACGUUUGACCUCUCCGGAUUCCGUCUUCGGUUCAGCUAUGCACAAACAGCUACUUAUAUCCUUGUAUUCGGUGAUAAGGUCUCGGGGACUGUUAACAAAACCUGGAUCGAGUAUCUGUUCGAAAAAGAACGGCUUCCGGUCGAGCUAGGGUGGGAAAAGAGGGAAAACAUCAUAACCACAGCCGACCUUGAUAGUAUGAUCGAGAGGGUUAUGGAAGCUACCAAGGAAAUUGAAACCUCACAAGAGGCAUGA